AUGCCCUCCAAACCGCAAUCAGUUUGCGAGGUAAAUAGUAUUGAGGCGGUUGUGAGCCUUGAAAAUAGAACAAUGUACUUUGUGUCUACUAAGAAUCGUCUGGGCCUCACACGUUCACUGAAGUUUGACCAUGGCUGUCGAGGUAUUGCCGUUGUAGAUGAUCAGCUCGUGAUAUGUAAAAGUGGUAGAAAGAUUUAUGUCUACAAAAUGAAUGGAGAUCGUUUGAAGGCAAUCGAGAAAGAUCGAUCCGGAAAUGACAUCUUUGGUCAUAUUCGUGAAAUUUCAGCGCGUAAUGGCAUAAUAUAUAUGGCUGAUAAUGCGAAAGGUCCGGUUGGAAUAGACACAGACGGUAAUGUGAUCUGGGUAUUCUGGCCAAGAUCUGAAAGGCCAUGUCAAGAUAUCCACUACAUUCCCGAAUAUGUCGAAACGACUAAACUGGCGAAAAAUAUCAGGAAGAUAAAUGAUGAAAUUGACAAAGCAAUUUCUGAAAUGGAUAACUUGAUGAAAAAGAAACAAAAAGAUAUUGAAGAUAACAGGAAAACAAAAGCUAACUUCUUAAAAGAAAUCACAUCAUUUAGGACAGAAAUCAACGAAGCUUUAGAUCGACUGGAACAAGCUUCUGUCGCUGAAGUAGAAGGAAAAUGCAGUAAACAGGAUCAAGAAUUUCGAGCAGAAUUGAAGAAUAUACAGGAUACUCUCGAUAAACUUACUACAUGUAAAGCUGAAAUGGAAUCAUCACAGAGGAAUCCGUCGCAACAGUUUGUUAAUACGAAGAUAUCCGAGAAUAUAAUAUCAGGUAUUAAAGAGGCCGGAUCACGAUCCACAGAUAAAGUGAAAGGUAACUUAUUGUUUGAAAGAAAUUCAGAAAUAUUGCAUUUCCUUCAAAAUUAUGAAUCGCUUGCAAAGAUGCCACUUCCAAUAAAGCCCGGGCUUUACGAAGUACAAAGCAAGCAAAACUACAAUGUAAAGCUGAAUGACGACAUCAGUACCUCUAAUAUUUGGUCUUCAUGUAUACUUGACUCUGGUGAUAUUUUGUUAGCAGACGAUAACAACAAGAACAUUAAACUGAUUGACUGUGAAUCUUACAAAGUGCGAGAUUCGAUGAAGAUGUCCGCCUCGCUUCAGUCUGUAUGCAGGAUUAGUAGUGUGGAAGCAGCGGUAAGCCUUUACAAUACGAAUAGUAAUACAGCUCAGUUUGUGUCCACCAAGAAUAAGCUUGCGCCUACACGCUCCCUGAAGUUUGAUCACGGCUGUAGAGGUAUAGUUGUUAUGGAUGGCCAACUGGUGAUAUGUCAUUCAACUAAGGCAUAUAUCUACACGAUCAAUGGAGAGCGUCUGAAGACAAUAGAAAAAGACAGAUCAGGAAAUAACAUGUUCUGCCAGAUUCGUGAGAUUUGCUUGAGUGAUAAUGGUAAGACAAUCCACAUGGUUGAUGAUACGAAUGGUCUGAUAACUAUCGACAGAGAUGGUAAUGUUAUCUGGAAAUAUUCUGGCCAAGAACUGAUGGAUGCCUGGGGAGUAUGUACAGAUGGAAAUGGUAACGUGUUUGUGAGUGGUGGGUUGUCUAGAAAUGUUAUACAAUUAGGACCUGAUGGGGCGUUUGUUGGAGAAGUUGUCUCUCAAGCAAAUGGCUUAAAAUGUCCAUCAGCUGUAAGCUUCGGCAGGAAAAAGUGUAGUGUGAUAGAACAGAAAGGUUAG